GCAAAUCACAGAGAGAGAGAGUGAGGAAGACAGAGGGAGGGAGAAGAGUGGUUAUUUUAGUGCAACUUGGCACAGUGCUGCCUGUGAAUUGCGACUGAGGAGAGAAACAGAAGGAUCGCGUGUGUGUGCAUGCAGUCUCCAGCACUAGUUGUGUCCAGACCCCAGCGCUAUAGCAUGCAGCAUCCCUUGACAGGUGCAACCUGUGUGGCUCUGCCUAACGUGGGCAUGUGCCCCCAGCUAUCCUGCGCCUUGACCUUCAUGUACCUACAACAGGGUAACCAAGAGGCCACAGCUCCUCCGGACACGAUGGCUCAGCCGUACCCGUCGGCCCAAUUCGCACCUCCUCAGAAUGGGAUUCCGCCAGAAUACACAGCUCCCCACCCCCACGCAGCCCCAGACUACACGGGGCAGCCCACCGUCCCAGAGCACGCCUUGAACAUGUACCCGACGGGACAGACGCACACGGAACAGAACGCCAGCGACACAAACGCACAGACUGUGUCCGGAACGGCAACACAGACGGAUGACACCGCGCCGACUGACGGCCAGCAACAAACACAGGCGACCGACAACACAGACAACAAAACGCAGCCCAAACGAUUGCACGUGUCCAACAUCCCCUUCAGGUUCAGGGACCCCGACCUCCGGCAAAUGUUUGGCCAAUUUGGUAAAAUUUUAGACGUUGAAAUAAUUUUCAAUGAGAGGGGAUCUAAGGGAUUUGGUUUCGUAACUUUCGAGAAUAGUGCUGAUGCGGACAAAGCGAGGGAGAAGUUACACAGCACGCUGGUUGAGGGGCGUAAAAUAGAGGUUAAUAAUGCCACAGCACGUGUCAUGACAAACAAGAAGACUGUCAAUCCUUAUGCAAACGGGUGGAAGUUAAACCCAGUUGUGGGAGCAGUGUACAGCCCUGAAUUCUAUGCAGUUCCCGGCUUCCCCUACCCAGCUGCCACGGCCGCCACUGCCUACCGAGGGGCUCACCUGAGGGGCCGAGGACGUACGGUUUACAACACCUUCCGUGCGGCUGCACCGCCCCCUCCUAUACCAGCCUACGGCGGUGUUGUGUACCAGGAUGGAUUUUAUGGAGCGGACAUCUACGGUGGGUAUGCUGCAUACAGAUAUGCCCAGCCUGCCGCUGCCACCGCUGCUGCCUACAGCGACAGUUACGGAAGAGUUUAUGCUGCCGACCCCUACCACCACGCAUUUACUCCAGCAACAACCUACGGCGUUAGUACCAUGAAUGCUUUCGCACCCUUGACUGAUGCCAAGACUAGGAGCCUUGCUGAUGAAGUGGGUCUCGUUCUUUCUUCAUUGCAGGCCAGUAUAUAUCGAGGGGGAUACAGCCGAUUUGCUCCAUACUAAAAAAAAAUGACAUACCAUUAAAUCUUCAGCUGGGGGAAAAACAAGAAGCUUUUUCGAGGCCUGGGUGUUGCAAUAUGACUUGUAGUCCACCAUUAUAGCAAAUCUAAAACCACAACAAAGAGGAAAAUACUACAUUUUUUUAAUCUUAUACCUCAGAUAUUUUGUUCUGUGUAUUUUAAUAAGUGGGUUUUGAUUUAUGAAAGUUGCAUAUUUGAUUAUUGGCCAGAACAACUGCUUUCCCUAUGGUGACAAAGUCUUUGAGAUAUAAGGAUAAUGGAAGCCACAAUCAUUGAGGCACUUACGCGCGCCGAUCGGUGGCAGUCCCAUCUGUUUUAUAACAAUAUAAGUGACUAAAUUGGAGACCUUUUUCUUCAUCUCAAUUGUGUUUGAUUUAGUGUUUGAUUUUGCUCUGAAGGGGGAUGAAGGAAGCGGGCGUUUAGCCUCAUAAACGACUCAAUGUGAGAGAGGCAAUCGACUAUCUUUUUGCUAUCAAUUGUCUUAAAUUAUUUACUAUUUGUUCAAAACCAAAGGUUAUGUUUUCUGGAUGUUUCUCAACAAUUGUACAUAAGGUUUCAGUAAAAGGCAUCCAUUCGACGACCAGAUAUACGCCAGCAGGCAAUAUUCAGCAGUUCAUUCAUAGAUAGGUCUAUUUAAGUGAGCCUGCUAGUUUGACCAUCAAUGAAUAUUCUUUUUAUAUAACUUCCAGUAUAUAAAUUAUUGAUAUCAUUGCUGAUUUUUUGUAUUAUGGGAGAGAAAACAUUCGAAAAGUGGUAAUGAGGCAUUGUUUAUAUUUUUCUUUUUUUCCCAGAAGGAAAGUAUAAAACUAUUUUCUUUGUACCAGUGAAAUGUGUAAAAAAAAACCAUGUCAAAUAGUGCAGUGGUAUUCUGUUCUAGAUUACACAGCCUAUGAUGUUUUAGAAUUAGCCUUGUAGAUCAAAUGUAACCUGUACCAUUUUUAUGGAAGACACGAUAAUCAUAUUCAGAUUUAUAUAAGCAUUUUACAAAGUAUCGCGACCAUUAAGUGUAGAUAACCAUGGUAUUUUUGUCCGCUUGCUACUUUUGAGACAAGACUGUUUCGUGUAAACAAACGGCAAUUUUUCAUCGCUUGACGGCUCGCGUAUAUUUUGCCAACUUUAUUCUUUCUUGUGAGGGAGGAGGGCCUUUUAUUUUUUGGACUGGGCUGAAUAGCGAGCAUUCACAAUGAUAAUAUGUUUACAAAACAACAACAAAACAAAAGAAGGAGGAGAAGAAGGAGAAGGAGAAGAAGAGGCAUUUCGAUGUACGAUGCUUGGAAUAAAUCACGACCAAACAACGUGGCGAGCUGGUUCCACAUCUGGGCCGUUUUCAGUGUUAAGGGUGGAAUGUGCGCAAGUUGUCGGCUCGGCUAACUCGAGCGUCCUUGAAAAAUUGCAGCUUGUCUAUGCAGAUGCUGAAUCCGUUCACAUUGUCCUAUUGAACAGUUCCUAAGUUGGGGUGUUUGUCACGGAUCUCCUUGUUUUUUGUAACGACGCAGCUUUAAAAAAACAAACCUUUCUCCUCUGCCGUUUUUCUGCAAGUCUCGGUGUGUACGGACUGUGUGCGUGUCCAACACACACUCAUAGUGACCACCGUGCCACAAGCUGUGAUAUAGCUACGCAAUUAAAAAUACCUACCUGCUGGAAAGUGUUGUGGCGAAACUUUCUCUUUGUCAUCGUAUGUGCAUGCAGUAUGAUCAGUUGAACAAUAACCAUCAAUAAAAUCUCACAAUAUUGGAAAGAUU